AUGGCUACCACAAACCCCCUCCAAAUCCCUGCCUCCCAAAGCACAGUCAAAGUUCAAGCAAUAAAUACAACCCUCGCCCUCUCUAUACGUUCGGAAAACUUCUUCGACCCCACCAUUCCCGGUCAUGAGUACUAUAACUGCCCCAGCAUGGCAUUUCUCAUCACUUCCACUUCUUUAAACCCAGAAACUGGCAAGACAGAGGAGAGAAAGAUAAUAUUUGAUGCUGGUGCUAGGAAAGAUUACUGGAAUUAUAGCCCCAUGAUUGUGGACCGUUUUAGAAGGGGUGUCAAUGUUAGGGGGAUAAUAGUGGAGAGAGGCGUUGAUGAAAUAUUGACUUCAGGGAGCGUGGAGUUGGAAAGUGUCGAGGCCGUUGUUUGGAGGUGCGUAGGAUAUUUCUUUUGGUUCUGUAUGGCUUCUCGUUUAUGACGUAUUUGAUGUCGGGAUAGCUCAGGCUCAAAGCUGAGAAGAACAUGUCGGAUUUUCUGAAUACCACCACGCUAAUGACAUCAAACAGUCACUGGCACUUCGACCACAUAGGCGACAUGUUCACCUUUCCCCCUUCAACAAAAAUCAUAGUUGGACCCGGAUGCUCCAAAGCCAAACUCCCAGGAUACCCUUCAGACCCCGAUUCGUCCCUCCUAGAAACAGAUUAUGCGUUCGUAUCCCUUCUCUUUCCCAUUCCUUUGCUUUCCAUUCAGUCUCAAAUAUUUAAAGAAUACAGUAACUGAUCGAUAUAUUGAAUUAGAAAUCAUGAAGUCGUCGAACUUGAAUUUUUGAAUUCGAUUAAAAUCGGGAACUUUGAGGCUCACGACUACUUCCCCACCUCUCCCGGAUCUCUUUACCUCCUCUCCGUCCCAGGCCAUGCAAUAGGUCAUAUGUGUGCCCUCGCCCGCAUUACACCUGAUACCUUCCUUCUCUUGGGUGCAGACGCAUGUCAUUUCGCCGGUGAACUACGUCCUUCUCCUUCUAUCCCGCUCCCUCUUUCCCUUGAUCCUGUGAAGGAAGGUCUAGAUCCCUACUUUCACGGGAGGGGCAUGUGUCCUUGUACAAUGUUCACGGAUUGUCAUCCUGGAGGAAGUGAAGAGGAGAAGAGAACGACUCCGUAUUACAGAGUGAGUAGGAGUGAAGGGUCUGCUUAUACAGAUCCUGACGUUGCAGAUGACUCCGUGGGCAAGAUAAUAUACUUUGAUGCUGAUGCGAGAGUCUUUGUUUGUUUGGCUCAUGAUCCUAGUUUGUUUUAUUUCUUACCGCUUUUUAAUGAUGGUGGUAUUGAGGGGGCGAGUUUGAAUGAUUGGAAGAAGGAGGGUUGGAAAGAGAAGUGCCGUUGGGGAUUUUUGAAUGAAUUGCCUAGGGAUGGGAAAUCGGGACGGAAGCCUAUCAUUGAUGGCUUCUGGAGAGGUGGUGAGAAGAUGAGUGCUGAGGAGGCGUUGAGAAAGGAUGGAGAAUGA